UCUUUUUUUACUGGACACUUAAGCUUUACAGGACCAUGGAUCCUCCACCGACUUCAGAGAAAUCGCAUCUCAUCAACGAAAGAAAUGCCAAAAUAUACUCCUUAAAACUUAACAGUGAAAUCUCAGGUUCCAAAGAAAGUUGUCCAGAUCUGCCUAUGGGAAAUGGGGAUGUGGCUGGUGCUAUCGAGCUGAAGAGGCCAGUUAGAAGUCAUUGCCAUGGGAAUAAAGCAGUACAUGAGCAGAGCCGUGAGAAACUCCUCGCAAAGAAGAAAUUGUACAUUGCCUCCAUAGUCUGCCUGUUGUUCAUGAUCGGAGAGGUUAUAGGUGGUUAUCUAGCACACAGUCUGGCCAUUAUGACCGAUGCAGCUCACCUUCUGACAGAUUUAGGCAGUAUGAUGGUCAGUCUUUUCUCCCUGUGGAUCUCCUCAAGACCACCAACCAAAAAAAUGAACUUUGGAUGGCACAGAUCAGAGAUUCUGGGAGCACUGGUCUCUGUAAUGUCAAUCUGGAUUGUGACUGGAGUGUUGGUUUAUCUCGCCAUUGAGAGGAUUGUAAAAAAUGACUAUGAGAUUGAAGGCAACGUAAUGCUCGUCACAUCCGGCUGCGCAGUUGUGGUCAACAUCAUAAUGGCAUAUAUUCUACAUCAUUCUACAACCUUCCACAGUCACGGUUCAGGGUACCACAAGAUUGACGAGAAUGGGAUGAGUCCAGUUGGUCAUGGCCACUCCCACAGGCUCUUGGGUAGCCAUGGCAACACGAGUGUCAGAGCAGCAUUUAUUCACGUUCUGGGGGAUUUGUUACAAAGCUUUGGAGUGAUGGUUGCAGCCAUGAUAAUCUUCUUCAGGCCAGAAUACAAAGUAGCAGAUCCCAUAUGCACUUUUCUCUUCUCUGUGUUCGUCCUGGCCACCACCCUUACCAUUCUGAAAGACGUCUUCCACAUUCUCAUGGAAGGGGCGCCCAAAGGUGUGGAAUUUAACUCAGUGAAGGAGGUGCUGCUUUCUCUGAAGGCUGUGAAGGCCAUGCAUAGCUUACACCUGUGGGCUCUCACCUUGGGCCACAGUCUGAUUUCUGUUCACAUAGCCAUUGAGGAGAAUGCUGACCCUCAGAGUGUCUUAAAGGAAGCUACGGAACUUCUUCAGACCAAAUUUGGCUUUCACACCAUGACCAUUCAAGUGGAGCCUUAUUGUGAGGACAUGAUCUACUGCGCCCAGUGCCAGGACCCUAUGGACUAAGU